UGACUGAACUGAGGCGCUCAGCUGCCAACACUCACACUGCCUGCUGCUGCUGCAGUGCUGCUCCGGGACUCCAGACAAGAGGGGGAGAGGGAAGGAGAGGAAAAGCGAGAAGCAGGAAAGGAGACAGAAGAUCACUAGAAGGGGGAAAUCUGAGAGAGGAGGGAAGAGCAGAGAGGGGAGAGAAGGAACCCUCCUCCCCAGAGAAGACUUUCCAUGUAGCUGGGGACAGAGGGGGAAGACUGGAGCUCAGAACCCGUGAUAAAAGCUUUCCAAGCAAGUUGAGCAAUUUACUUAAUCCCCGAAGAGCAGAGGGAGGAGGAGAGAUCAAUAAUCAUAAUUGCUGAUCAUAAUCAUUAUUCCCAGCCCCUCAUAAUUUAACCCCCAGACAGUUCAAUGCACUAUUCCAAGCUCUUCCUAGUUUCCUCCUCGGGAUAACUUCGGAGGACUUUGCCGUCGGGUUCGCCUGGAGGUCAGCCUCGGAAGAAGGAAGUUUUGUGGGGGUUCUGCGCAGAGAAGAUGGACUGGAACCGCCGCUGCUGCUGGGGAGGCGGAGGCGGUGGGGACCUUCUCUGCCGGCUCACUCUGGUGCUGGGGUUUCUGCUGCCCGCCUGCAGGACGCGCCUGUACACCAACCACUGGGCUGUGCGGAUAACUGGGGGGCUACCGGAGGCCAACAGGAUAGCUAGCAAAUACGGAUACGUCAAUAUAGGACAGAUUGGAACACUGAAGGAUUACUACCACUUCUACCAUAGUAAAACGAUUAAAAGGUCAGUUCUCUCAAGUAGAGGUACCCACAGCUUCAUUUCAAUGGAACCGAAGGUAGAGUGGAUACAACAGCAGGUGGUUAAAAGAAGAAUAAAGAGGGAUUAUAAACAUGGUGGUACCCAAUCCACUUAUUUCAAUGAUCCCAAGUGGCCAAGCAUGUGGUACAUGCACUGCAGUGAUAACACCAAUCAUUGCCAAUCAGAUAUGAAUAUAGUAGGUGCUUGGAAGAGAGGCUACACUGGAAAGAAUGUUGUGGUCACUAUCCUGGAUGAUGGCAUUGAAAGAAACCAUCCAGACUUGAUGCAAAAUUAUGAUUCACAGGCCAGUUUUGAUGUCAAUGGAAAUGAUUUUGACCCUAUGCCUCGGUAUGACGCCAGCAACGAGAACAAGCAUGGAACCCGUUGUGCUGGAGAAGUGGCAGCCAUUGCAAACAACUCACACUGCACAGUAGGAAUCGCCUUUAAUGCCAAGAUUGGAGGCGUACGGAUGCUGGAUGGAGAUGUGACAGACAUGGUAGAAGCAAAGUCGCUGAGCCUUAAUCCCCAACACAUCCACAUCUACAGUGCCAGCUGGGGGCCUGAUGAUGAUGGUAAGACUGUGGACGGACCUGCUUCUCUAGCACGUCAGGCCUUUGAGAAUGGCAUCAGAAUGGGACGAAGAGGUUUAGGUUCAGUCUUUGUUUGGGCAUCUGGAAAUGGUGGAAGGAGUCGAGACCAUUGCUCCUGUGAUGGCUACACCAAUAGCAUCUACACUAUUUCCAUAAGCAGCACAGCUGAAAGUGGGAAGAAGCCAUGGUAUCUGGAAGAAUGUGCAUCCACGCUAGCUACAACAUACAGCAGCGGGGAAUCCUACGACAGGAAAAUAAUCACCACAGACCUGAGGCAGCGUUGCACAGACAGCCAUACUGGAACCUCAGCCUCUGCACCUAUGGCUGCAGGCAUCAUUGCACUGGCACUGGAAGCAAAUCCAUUUCUGACCUGGAGAGACAUACAGCAUAUUAUUGUCAGGACUUCACACACAGGACAUCUGAAUGCUAACGACUGGAAAACCAAUGCAGCUGGUUAUAAGGUGAGCCACCUCUAUGGAUUUGGACUGAUGGAUGCUGAAGCAAUGGUGAUAGAAGCAGAAAAGUGGACAACAGUUCCUCCACAGCAUGUGUGUGUGGAGAACACGGAUCGGCAAAUCAAAACUAUACGGCCUGACAGUGUUGUCCGUUCAAUUUACAAAGCCACCGGCUGUUCAGAUAAUUCCAACCACCAUGUGAUCUACUUGGAGCACGUGGUUGUACGCAUCACUAUUACUCACCCUCGACGUGGAGACUUGUCAAUUUACCUAACCUCUCCUUCUGGAACUAGGUCACAGCUCUUGGCCAACAGGUUAUUUGAUCAUUCCAUGGAAGGAUUUAAAAACUGGGAGUUUAUGACUACUCACUCCUGGAAUGAAAAAGCAGCAGGUGACUGGAUCUUGGAAAUCUGUGACACUCCAUCUCAGCUGAGAAAUUUCAAGACUCCAGGCAAAUUGAAAGAAUGGUCCUUAGUACUGUAUGGAACAUCCAUCCAGCCUUACUCACCAAGAAAUGAUUUUCCAAAAGUGGAAAGAGUGCACUCUAGUCUGCUCGAAGACCCUACAGAAGAUUAUGGAACAGAUGACUAUUCAGGUCCCUGCAAUGCAGAAUGCAGUAAAGUAGGGUGUGAUGGGCCAGGACCAGAUCAUUGUACUGACUGUCUGCACUACUACUACAAAUCUAAGAACAACACACGAAUCUGUGUUUCAACCUGCCCACCUGGUCACUACAAUGCAGACAAGAAACGCUGUAAAAAAUGCUCACCCAAUUGUGAAACCUGUGUUGGAAGCCACAGUGACCAGUGCAUGACCUGUAAAUCUGGCUACUACCUGAAUGAAGUAACCAAUAGCUGUAUUACCAACUGCCCCGUUGGGUUUUACCUGGAUAAGAAUAAGAUUGUUUGCCGAAAAUGCAGUGAAAACUGUAAGAUAUGUGUUGAAUUCCAAAUCUGCACAGAAUGCACACAUGGCCUAAGUUUGCAUGGCACCAAAUGUGCUAUCCACUGUGAAGAAGGAAAAUAUCAUAAUGGUAGGGAAUGUGAACCAUGUCACCAUUCCUGUGCGACGUGUGCAGGUGCUGGAGUAGAUGCUUGUAUAAACUGCACACAGGGUUAUUUUAUGGAAGAUGGAAGAUGUGUGCAAUCCUGUAGUAGUGGUUAUUACCUUGAUCACUCUACUGAAAGUAGAUACAAAACCUGCAAAAGGUGUGAUGCCAGCUGUUUGGAUUGCAGCGGUCAAGGAGACAGAAACUGUACAAGCUGUCCAAGUGGCUUUAACCUAGACACUGGUGUCUGUGUAGUGGGAACAAUCUGCAAGGAUGCCACGGAAGAGUCCUGGGCCGAGGGAGGAUUCUGUAUGCUGGUGAAAAAGAACAAUCUGUGCCAGCGGAAAGUGCUUCAGCAACUGUGUUGCAGAACAUGUACACACAAGGGGUGAACUGACACCUCCCAGAGUCCUGCUGCUCCUGUAGACAUAUAGAUUAAUCCAUAUUAUUGAAAAAGGUUAAAAAAAAGAAAUGGCAUGGGGGGAAGCAAGCCACCUCUUUCUCUCCCUCCUCUGUCUGGGGAGAUGGUGAACUGUUUGUUGGAACUUAAAUGGAAAAGCUACAACACGCCUACCUUUAAUAACUGGGUGUUUAGAGCUGAGCAUCCAGGAUCAGAGUCAUUAUUGUGUGACCAAAGCAUUUGAUGCCAAGAUUACAGUUUAAGUCAUUAUUUGAUUUCCUGUCAAUUUUAGGAUUAUUCCUGGUUUUUUGAAGGUCCUUUUUCUUCCCUUUUUUUUUCUACUUGUUUCCUCUUCAAGAUGAUUAAAGAGUGUUUCAAGAAUGCAACACAUGUUUACAUGAAUUAAA